AUGUCGGAAGCGGAGGCCGACGACGGCAGCGGCAGCGGCGGGCGGAAGGAGCUGGACCCCCCCUUCCUGCCGAUCAACAACAUCAGGCGCGUCAUGCGCAGCGCCGUGCCGGAGAACCGCAAGAUCGCCAAGGACGCCAAGGAGUCCGUCCAGGAAGCGAGUCACAAAUGCAUGGAGGAGGGGCGAAAGAGCAUCAACGGCGACGACAUCAUCUGGUUCUUGGGCACGCUUGGUUUCGUGGAAUACGUCGAGCCCCUCAUGCUCUACCUCAUGAAGUAUCGGGAGGCAACUUUGACUGGCCAGGCUGCAAUCCAGGCCCUCGAUUUCGAGUGCCUGGUUAUAGUUACUUGA